AUGAUGGACCUUUUUGAGACCAACACUUAUCUUUUCAAUGAUUUGCGCUAUUUGGAAGAGGGGGAUCAUGGACCACUUCAGCACCUGGAUAUGGCAGGAGUGUCCCCGCUUUACAACGGCAACGACAGCCCACUAAAUGAGGAUAAUGUUCCAUCUGAAACCGGAGGGGAAAGCAGCGGGGAGGAGCACGUCCUUGCGCCCCCGGGUCUGCGAGCACACUGUGAGGGCCAGUGCCUCAUGUGGGCCUGUAAGAUCUGCAAGAGGAAAUCUGCACCCACUGACAGACGCAAGGCGGCCACGCUGAGGGAGAGGAGGAGGCUGAAGAAGAUCAACGAGGCCUUCGACGCGCUGAAGAAGAAGACGGUUGCCAACCCCAACCAGAGGCUACCCAAAGUAGAGAUUUUACGCAGCGCCAUCAGCUACAUCGAGAGGCUACAAGAGCUGCUGCAGACUCUGGACGAGCAGGAGAAGACGCAAAACGGAUCAUCACACAACUUUGACGCUAAAGUACACAAUGUAAGCUGACAUUUGAGACCACAACUCAGGACAAAAACACCAGAGUAUUCCCAUGAUAUUUCCAGAGUUCUUCAGUGAUCCAGUGGCAUUUAGAUGACUUUUGAUGAGCUAAGAUGACUGAAUAACAAGCUUUUAUUAACUAUCAUGUUACUAUCACAAAAAUAUAACAUUCCUACAGGCGUAUGUGGUGCUUUCACUGACAUAAUACUGUGUUUAUCGACUGCUGCUAUUACCACCAUAUAAUUUUUACCACCUCAUAUUUUUCAGUUAAAAUAAUCCUCCAAUUUUAUUUACAAGUUUCUAUACAGCUAGCUUUGUUUUUUUAUGUCUUUUUUACAUUUCAGAGUCUUUUAUUUUCUAAUGUUUUCAUGUUUUAUAAUAAACUGACAAAAAUAACACGUAAUGUGUGUUUCUGCAGGUGUCAGGUCAUGACUACCACUGGAAAAAGUCCUCAGAGUCCUGGCCGACCUCUGCUGAUCAUUCCACUGCAGCCAUGAUAAACCAGAGAGAAGGUACAUCAAUCAAAGUGGUUUAGUUUGACAUUUACAAGAUUCACAUGCAGAGCCAUUCUCAGGAAUAAUAGUGGGCCAGCAUUUUAGUCUUAUAAAUGCUCGAUACUGUAGAAAAUCUAUUAAUUUGUGAUUUUACCACCUGAAAAGACAAUGUUAGACAACAGUUGAUGUUAGCCUUCAACAACUCUUUAGCUGUAAGUACUUGCCAGUGUUGCCAACUCCUCAGUAAGCAAAGUCGCUAGUGGCUGUCGUAAAAGUCGCUAGAUGAGGUCAUCGCCUAAUUUGCAUAAUUUCUCAGUCAACCCACUGUUGCCGCCGACCCCCCCCCACCCCCAGGAGGAGGGGUCUUCCGCUGGGUGUCUGAGUGUCUGUGUUUCUGAAGCACACCGGCUACCUGUUGAGAAGAGUAACAUUGAUUCCUGCGAUUAUGUCGGAGUCUCUAAACUCCAGAAAAAGUCGCUAGAUAUGUUGCUAGGCGCUUUUUUGAAGAUAAGUCGCUAGGGGAGUCUGAAAAGUCGCUAAAUCUAGUGACAAAGUCGAUAGGUUGGCAACACUGGUACUUGCUCUUGGUUCAAGAUAAGGAAAGAAGGGCUCAAAUUCCUAGCUACCAGUAUUGAAACUAAUGGUUAUUUUUCCUAGAGAGUGGUUGAGCACCAAAGUUUAACCAUUUGACUGUGAGGUAACAGCUAACUCAAACAUUCAACCACUUCCUAGCUAACAUUGUUUAUAAAGAAAAUUAGCUAAGACUUUGUGGUAUUGUUUGAUUUUUGUCAAUCCAUUGCUAACUGUAAGAUCAGCUGCUAAUGUUAGCAUCUAGGCUAACUAAUUCCUAGCUUAUUGUUUGAUUUCAUUGACCAUUUGCUAUCAUAAAGGCUUAUUUUAGCAAUUAACUGCCUGAUAGUGAACUUUAUCAGUGUUUGCUAGUGGUAGCCUACACAAUGAUGGGAAAGGCAAGUGGUAAAGUAUAACACAAUGAGACUCUGAUUCUAGCUAAAUCAUGAUUCAGCUAAUCAAACAUUAGCAGUUGACCACUUUGUAGUUUGGAAGUGAUUGAACACAUGCUAGCUCACAGUAGCUAAUGGGUACUUUGUUGUACCUUGUUGUUUUCUUAGUAGGUUGUGAAGCAGUUAACUAACAAGCUUCCUGGAACAUUUUCACUUUUCGUUUUUAGGACACACUGAAUCUUCCGGGUCCUCAAGCCUUCUCCGCCUGUCAUCCAUCGUGGACAGCAUCACCACUGAGGAGAAAGUCAGUGUGAGCGAGGAAGUCUCAGAAAACUGA